GUGGAACAGGAUAUUCUCCAAGCCAUUGACCGUGCCAUUGAGGCUGUACACAAUACAGCCAUGCGGGAUGGUGGCAAAUACAGCCUGGAGCAGCGCGGAGUCCUCCAGAAACUGAUCCACCACCGCAAGGAGACCCUGUCUCGAAGGGGCCCCUCCGUCUCCAGCGCUGCUGUUAUGACCCCAUCCACCAGUGACCAUCAUUUGGAUGCUGCUGUUGCUAGGCAACCCAAUGGAGUGUGUCGAACUGGGUUUGAACGGCAGCAUAGCCUGCCUAGUUCUGAGCAUCUUGGGCCUGAUGGAAGCCUCUACCAGAUCCCACCCCAGCCUCGUCGAGCGGCGCCUACCACUCCACCUCCCCCAGUGAAGCGCCGAGACCGUGAUGCCCUGGUGCUCUCUGGGAGUGGCAGCCGCCACGCUGGGCCCUCCGUGGGCAGUUCUACAUGCAGUGGCUCCUCAGUCAGCAGUACCUCCCUGGACACACUGUAUACCGGCUCUAGCCCCUCGGAGCUAGGCCCCAGCUGCUCGCCCACACCUCCCCCCGUGCCUCUCCGGAGUACCCACACCACUAUUUCCCAACCCCAGCCCCCGAAGCCUCCAAGCCCCGAACCCCCUGCCCAGGAAGCGGCUGCCGAUCCAACCCCAGCUCCCGAUGAUCUGGAGGCCCUGAGCUCCCUGAACUUGGGGACCACGGAGGAGAAGACAGUGGCGGAGACCACAGUGCCCAGAACCAUUGGGGCAGAGCUGAUGGAGCUGGUGCGGAGAAACACCGGGCUGAGCCACGAGUUGUGUCGCGUGGCCAUCGGCGUCGUCGUGGGUCACAUCCAGGCCUCGGUACCAGCCAGCGCACCCAUCAUGGAGCAGAUUCUCCUCUCGCUGGUAGAGGGAAAGGACCUGAGCACGGCCCUGCCUUCUGGGCAGGUCUGCCAUGACCAGCAGAGGCUGGAGGUGAUCUUUGCAGAUCUGGCUCGGAGGAAAGAUGACGCGCAGCAACGCAGCUGGGCUCUGUAUGAGGAUGAAGGCGUCAUUCGCUGCUAUCUGGAGGAGCUGCUUCACAUUCUGACUGACGCCGACCCUGAAGUUUGCAAGAAAAUGUGCAAGAAGAAUGAGUUCGAGUCCGUCCUGGCCUUGGUGGCCUAUUACCAAAUGGAACACCGAACAUCACUGCGGCUGCUGCUUCUCAAGUGCUUUGGCGCCAUGUGUAGCCUGGAUGCGGCCAUCAUCUCCACGCUGGUGUCGUCUGUGCUGCCCGUGGAGUUGGCACGGGACAUGCAGACGGACACACAGGACCACCAGAAACUCUGCUACUCGGCCCUCAUCCUCGCCAUGGUCUUCUCCAUGGGAGAGCCAGUGCCCUACGCACACUACGAACAUCUGGGCACCCCUUUCGCCCAGUUCCUCCUGAGUAUUGUUGAGGAUGGGCUGCCUUUGGACACCACCGAGCAACUGCCGGACCUCUGCGUGAACCUACUUUUGGCUCUCAACCUGCACCUGCCAGCACCUGACCAGAAUGUCAUCAUGGCCGCCCUGAGCACACACUCGAAUGUCAAGAUCUUCUCUGAAAAGCUGCUCUUGCUUGUGAACAGAGGGGAUGACCCCGUUCGCAUCUUCAAACACGAGCCCCAGCCACCCCACUCUGUCCUCAAGUUCCUACAGGACGUGUUCAGCAGCACGUCCACGGCCGCCAUUUUCUACCACACAGAUAUGAUGGCUCUCAUCGAAAUCACUGUUCGCCACAUCGCUGACCUGUCACCAGGAGACAAGCUGCGCAUGGAGUACCUGUCCCUGAUGUAUGCUGUGGUCCGCUCCACACCCUACCUGCAGCACCGCCAUCGGCUGCCUGACCUGCAGGCCACGCUCCGGCGCAUCCUAUUGGAGGAGGAAGUUUCGCCCCAGUGCCAGAUGGACCGCAUGAUUGUCCGAGAGAUGUGCAAAGAAUUCCCAGUGCUGGGAGAAGCCCCCAGCUAGCAUUUCCCUUUUUUUCUCCCUUCCCUGUAGCCCUGGUCAGGGUUACAGGGGACUUCAAGGAGGGGGGUUUACCCUAAGAUCAUUUUGCACUGGCAUUAGGAGUGGAUAAAGAAGCAGAAGGACCCCCACCCCCACUGCGCACACUUGAAGUGGAACAUAAUGAUGCACGGGGCCAAAUGUAGGAUUGGGGACCAAGGUGUGGGAGCUCCACUGGGACGGAAGAAAUGUGCAAGCUGAAGUUCAAUUCCCCGCCUCUUCAGCAUGCCACCCCGCCCCCCACCCCCUGUACCCACGUGCACACCCACAGUCCUGCUAUCGCUCCAGGCUGGGCCAGAGUUCCUCACCCUUUAUCCUGCCUGCUCUGAGUCCUGGCAGCCGCAGAGCCGUGCCCUUGGGGCGGAGGGAGAAGCCCCUCCCACCAGCUCUUUGCCUUAGCUUUGCAGUGAGUUUGUCGCUCAUGUGCAGCCCUGUCUCUGUACCCUUUCUCCCCCCCCUCCCCUAAUAAGGAUCUGUGCCCACCCCACUCACCCACCCACCCCACUGCUUUCAACCCCCCCAGAGGCCUUGGCCAACCCUGCUACUUGCCAAGCAGGAUUCUUGGAAACAGUCCAUCCAGCCUGAAACCUCAUGAAACAGGACGAUGGCACCAAGAAUGAAAACAAAUGAAUCUUAUUUUCUCUGUUUCAAAAAAAAAAAUGCAGACCGAAAAGCCAUGUGUAUUUUCCUAUGUGCUGCAGCUCAUCUUUGGAAAUAAAUUACAGUCAUCUGGAAA